AUGCUACCUAGGUUUUUGUUCAAGCUAAAGAGUGUUUUAGACCAACCAUUGGUUGCGUCGUUAAGGAUCCAACCAUCGAUUGAAAGGUCUUUGGGUCAAGGUUUUCGCUACUAUGCUGCUGCACAUGCCAAGAGCGCUGCAGCUGGACAGAAUGAUACAAAAAAAGCCGGCAAGAAGAAGGAAUCACCUCUGUGGCCCAAGAUCAAAACCUACACUUCUUUCACCGUAUCAGGUGUCCUCGUCCUUGGUGCCACGGGCUUAGCAGGACUUGUUCUUUACCUGCUUGGUCAAGAGCUUUUCUCACCCUCUGGGGAUACUCGGAUGUUCAAUAGAGCCGUUUCGAUGGUGGAAGCGGACCCACAUGCGCGUCAGUUGCUGAGAUGUAAUGAUACAGAGCGGUCAAAAGAGAGAAUAAAGGCUUAUGGAGAGCUUUUGACGGACGACAGGUGGACCAGAAAUAGGCCGAUAUCCUCCACUCGAAGAAUUGGCAAAGACGGCAAAGAGCAUCACUACAUGCGUUUCCAUGCCGAAUCAAAGCAAAAACUAGCAUUGGUGCAUGUGGAAGCUAGGGAAUCUGAAAAGAGCUACACUCCAGAAUUGGUUUCCAUGUACAUGGAUAUUCCAGGUGAGAAGCGCUAUUAUUUCAUCAAACCCCAAGUGCCUGUGGUCAAAGCGAAAGGGUUCUUGGGGGUCAAUUGGGGACCCAGGACCUAG